UCCCGAUUCUAGCGCAAUGCAUUUUUUGAAAAAAGAAAUCAAAUUCAAAGGGAAAUUUCGUUACAGUUGUCUAUUGUCUUGAAUUAAUCGACAAUUCUUAAUUCUAUUUAAUAUUUUACAAGUGUUUCAUAUAUUUUAUGUUGAUUUUUAACUCAAUUCAUUAUACAAGAUCUUUUUAAUCUCAAUCUCAAAUGCUUAAUAUUAAUUUUUAAUUGAUUGUUUUAACUUCAAUCGAUUAACCAACUUCUAACGAAAAGAACAAGAAUGGAUUCAAGGAGUUUCAAGAAUGCCUCAAGUUCAUUACUAAACUCUGAAAAAGACGAUACUCUUGGUCUGUUAAACAUGGAAAAUUUACGCGCUUUUGGUGAAACCUCAAGGAAUUCAUCAGUGAACAGAGAUAAAAUCAAUGAACGUUUGAAGCUGGAACGUGCCAAAGCAAUGGAAACACUUCAAAAAUCCUCCUCUAAUGGAAAAUUCAAGCAACCCAAUCCACCGAAACAGCUCAGUAUAGGAAACAAAGAGAACGAGUCGAAUAUCACGAGGACACCUGUUCUCGAUCGCACAGACUAUGUGCCAUAUCGAGGCCUUAAGAGCAUCAACAUCACCGAUCUUGCUGUCGACAAGACAAUCCACUUGGAAUCCUCCGACAUAAAGUCCUCGGCAUCAAAGAAUUCAGUUCACAAAAUAUCAUUUGAACCUUGCGAAAUGACUGGCCGAUCAACGGCCCUCUCUCGAGAACUGAACAGACAAAGAACCAAUCGUCACAGCCUGCUUUCGGUGGAGGAAAUUCUAGCUAGCAGCUCUGCGGCAAGUGUACGCAGUCUGUGUGAUUCGUUGCGUGAAAGCUAUGGCGGCAAUACUAGCCUGAGCCUGCCUCGUACAGCGGACAUGUCCAAAACCACUCAGGAAUCUCUUUAUUCGGGAGCCACUAGCGAUCAAGGUGACGGUGGUUUUUCAUUCUCAAAUGCCAUGCGUGCCGAUGAGAGUUGUUUUGGCUCAGAGAAUUUCGCCCCCGCCGAACUUAUGCACUCGAAGUUAAUGGAAGACGAGAAACAGUGGGCUCAGGAGUAUGCCGCCAUUCCUGAGAAGGCUCUGAGUGACUCGCAUGCAAAGCCCCAAAAUAGAAUGCAUAGCGAGACUUUGCUCACAUCGAUGAUGUCCAAUGGAGUCAAUGAUCCAGAUUUUUCGCUUGGCAACUAUUUUGGCCAACAAUCGGAAGAUCUUUGGAAUAUCGUUCAUACCAAGAGUCCAGUCAAAGGACGUCCUCCGACGGCUUUGGUAGAUGCGACCAUAACUGAAGACAACUCGAUUGAUGUAUCCAUAACUCCUAAGGCGGAUACCAAAGCCUACAGCAUUCAUGCACCUAAUCGCACUUCCGUCGAUAAGAAGCACGAGAGUAAGGACUCUGGGAAUGCCACAGACAGUUCCUAUUUGUUGAGUGUUUCGGCGAUUGAAAGGGCUUUGGUUGAUAUCCAAACUGAAGAUUCAGAUGGAUCGGUGGUAAAUCGCCUCCUGAUGGCUAAGAAAACGAGAAGCUGCAUGAAUCCUUACCGUGAACAAAUUGAUGAAAAACCGAGCCAUAGAAUGCUCUCGCUUGGUGAGGCCAUUGAGAGAGUAGCGGUCGCAAACAACAAGAACCCAGAGACUAUUCUGGAGGAUAAGGAGAACUUUGAUCCGGAACAAAUCAAAGUAAUGAAGUAUUCGGACACAAUGAGCUUCAGUGAUUCGUUGCUUAAUAGCACCGAUAUGAAAAAAUUCGACAGAAGCAGCUUGGGAGCAACACGCUCGCCAUUGCAUCCCAUUGAACUCAACAAUCCAACUAUAACUGUUGAUGAAGCUGCUGAUUUUGCAGACCUGGAUGAGCAUCCAUCGUUAUUGGAAAAAGAUGCAUCCCGCAAGGUUCGUCGUCAUAAGACCACUCGUGAUUUAAGUCCAGCAUCGACCGAUUCCCACUUGGACACUCGAAACCAUCAAUAUCAAGAUCGUAAACAAAAACGAAGCCGAUCGGCAACUCGUGGUGGAGAUGCAGAGCGGCGAGAAAGAAGCCGUUCAAAGGAAACACGUUCCACCGAGAAGGAGAAGUCCCAGCCGAUGUCUCUGUCGUCAACUCGAAACGAACAAGAUGAAAUGUCAUCCCCUAAUCCUUCCACCAAGUCGUCGUCUUCGAUUCUUCGGAAGAAUACUCGACGAAGUCCAUCUCCGGUCUUUUUCGAAUCGCCCAUAUCAUCCCCGAGGAGCUGCUUAUCCUCCCACGUCUCGUCGCCCACAUGGACGGCCCAUUCACCCCAACUCGACAACACCACAAACUCUGAUCGUCGUUAUCUCGUAGGAACCGUUUCGUCGCCAGACUGCGGAAAAUUCUCGCUGCCAAGCUAUGGCCUGGUGACUAAGACCGCUUCGACUGGUUCGGUAAAAGGGCGCAGCACAUCACGUUGCUCGAAUUCGAGCGAAUUCAGCCAUCGCGAUGGCAAACUGAUUCCAUUGAAGGUGACUUGCCUCCAGCUGUCGUGGGGAAGCAUUCGGCUGCGCAAAAAUGCCAACAAAUCAAUGCAAAUCAAGAACACGUCCGACAAAAGACUCAUAGUGAAGGUAGACGUAUCGGGACCUGGCUUUCAAAUUGUUAACAAUCAGGGCAAUCUGAUAACCCUCCAGUCGCAGGAAUGUCGCUCGGUUAGUCUGAACUUCUGUCCCACGGUGAUCGGAGUUGCCGUGGGCGUUCUGUCAUUCAGCGCUCCCAACAGCCCGUCCAGUCAAACCUAUCUGGAUGUGCCACUUUAUGGCUAUGGAGGCACAGCCAGUCUCAUUCCACAAAAUAUAAUGCGCGGACCCAUUGGAGCGCCUUUCCUAACGAUGGGUGACCUGAAAGAAUUAUCGGGCCCGUUGGAGAAGACUUUCAAGAUCUACAACAAGGGACCUCUGCAUGGCUUUGCCGUCAUAAUCAUCGAUUCCUUUGGCUUGGAUAUGCCCCGACUGCGUGAUUCCAUUGAAGUCACACCUAACAAAGUACUCAUUCCUCCCGAGGGAGUCGCCAAUAUCCGGGUGACUCUCAAACCGCGCCGCGACGAUAUCAAAAAGAUCAUAAAAAAGAUCUCGGACGUUCUGGCUCUUGCCAACAUGCGGAUCAUUUGCGGAGAUGAGCCAUCUCGGCAGAGAAUUCGUAAUCUGAUUCGCACCAUGAAGGAGGAAGAUAAGUCAAAGCUAACCUCCAAGUCGCUCGACCGGGUUUGGGCUAGUUUCCCCGGUGAGAAGCCCAUCGAUGAAUUGGAUGCUCUCAAAGAAAAAUCAGAAGUCGCUCUAGACAUGAUCUCAUCGUUGCGCAUCCAUGAAAUUGCCCUCACACUCAACCACUAUAGACUGGACGAAACUGCAGACUCGACGCUGGUCUUCCCCGAUGCCGAUGAGACUGUUAUCUUUCGAACAUUCUGCUCCACCUCACCCACACAAAUGCUGGACCCUGUCGACGAGGAACAAGAAGAGAACUCAUCAUCAGCAGAGUCGUGGUCUGUGCGACCGAAUGUAUUACAAUUUGAUCCUCCCAUGUCAUUUGUAGUGAGGAAUAGCUCGAAUAAGAAGAAACUCUUUGAGAUCUCUUGUAACUACGACUUGUUCAGAUUUAUCCCAACCGAAGCGUAUGUCGAUGCCGGCAAGGAAAUACAAGUACAGGUUUUGAGUCAAAGUGAGAAGCCAGGAAUGUUGCCCAAUGAUCAAAUUAAUAUUUGGAUUUACACUCAGGAUGAAAAAGUUUCAAUCCCAGUUAAAGUUAACAAGAAUUAUUUCCCGUGGAAUCGCAGAUAGAAUCUGUUUUGAUAUAUAUGUAUUUUUUUAAAUGAUAUUUCGUAUGAAAAUGUUUUGUGUAUUAAUUUUUUUACUUAAAUAGAUAUUGAUUUGCAUUGUUUUGUGUUUUUUAAAGAAAUAAAGUUAUUGCAUAUAGCGAUA